AAAAAAAAAAAAAAAUAACGAAAAAAAAACACUUUUUUUUUCUCUCUAUUUAUUCCUUUUUUAACAAAAAUUCCUUCGAUAAAGAGAAGUCAUAUAAAAUACUUUUCUACAUUAUAAUUCAUAUUCUCCCGAUAAUUUUACUUAAUUACUUUUUACCUUACCUCCCGCUCCUAAUUUUUUUAUUUAUUGUAAUAUUUUGAAUAUCACGAUACACACAUUUAUCAUUCACUUAACGAUUCAUCAUAAUAAAAAAUGGAAUUAGACGCUUGGUGCAUUUGUGGAAAACUUGUUUUGGACAAUAACGCUUUGUAUUGUUCAAAUGAAUGCAAGAAUGCUGAUAGCAAUAAUUCGAUACCCUCCUCUUAUCAUCAAUCACAAAAUCCUCAGAAUCCUCCAAUGAAUUUACAUUUUUCUAUUACCAUCACCCCAAACAUGUAUAAAGCUUCGGAUUCUAAUGCUAAAAUCUCAUCUCCCUCGUCAAUGUCUUCUUCUUAUUCUGAUUCCAAUUUGUCUUCUUCAUUUAAUAGUUUGAGUACUUUAGAUCAAAAUUUCAAUGAUAAUUAUAAUUAUUUAUACACUCGCUGCUGUAAUCAAUUUGAAGAUGAUACAUUUGAUAAUGAUUAUUAUACCUCGUAUUACUCCACUAGUAAUCCCAUUGACAUUCCUAGUCCAAGAACUCAAGCUGCGAGUGAUCCAGCAUUAGAACCCAAUAAAGGGACGUUUGGAAAAGAAAAAAGCCUUUUUUCUUGAAUCUUGAACAAUUUACGGGGGGAAAAUGGAAAAAAAAGCAUAUUUCGAAUCGGGAAAAAAAAUCAAUUCGCUAUAUUACUUCUUUCAUAAUCUUACUUUUUUUCGCACAACUCGAUUUAUUUUAGCUUAGUUUUUAAGCAAUUAUUUUUAAAAAUUGAACCCAUUCGGCAAGCAAUUAUAAUCACACAAAUAAUUACCAUAUAAUUUAAGAUUUUUUAGAUUAUGAUAUUUUUUAUGUAUAUAAUGUAUUUAUAUUUACAAAAAGAAAC